UUAGGCCACCUCAUCUAUUCAAAAUCAAACCUUGCCAGCAGCAAAACAUAUCGUAUAUUUGACUAAUGUGAAAUUGCUAAUAAAAAUAUUUGCUAUAAUGGAUUUUUGGAGUCAAUGUAUAUACAUUUUUUCCCUUAUCUUAGCAACUAAUGGUAUUAUGUUUAAUCUUCCACCUAACACGCAAAAAUGUUUGAGAGAAGAACUUCAACAAAAUGUACCUGUUAAAGGGGAAUACGAAAUUUCGGAAGCCUCAGGACAAAAAGUUGAUUACAUAGUGAAAGACUCGAAAGGUCAUACGUUAUCACAAAAAGAAGAUAUUAGCAAAGGAAAAUUUUCCUUCAAUACCGAAAGUUAUGAUACUUACGAAAUAUGUUUUAUUUCUCGAGUUUCACCCCAAGUCAGAGGUAUUACACAAGAAGUUUCUUUAGUCACUAAACAUGGUGUUGAUGUGAAAGACUAUGCAUCUUAUGGGGAAGCAGCCAAACUAAAACCUAUUGAAACUGAAUUACAACGUCUAGAAGACUUAUCUAAUGAAAUAGUACAAGAUUUUGCUUAUAUGCGCAAAAGAGAAGAAGAAAUGAGAGAUACCAAUGAAUCUACCAAUAAUAGAGUGCUCUACUUCUCGAUAUUUUCCAUGUUCUGUCUUCUUGGAUUGGCCACUUGGCAAGUUCUAUAUUUGAGAAGAUAUUUCAAAGCUAAAAAACUCAUCGAAUAAGUUACUUACUUCUUCGAAAUUGGAGAAUGUUGUUCAUUGCAGAUUGCUAGUAACAAACUAUUUAUUGAUGUAUUUUGUAAAAAUACAGGUGUGAAAGAGGAGUGAUGUCCAAAUUUUUUUUUAAUAGAACUGUUUUUCUCUUA